UCACAACUAAACACAGCAACAUCACUUCAUGAGAUGGCAACGAAAAUCAUCUACUUCUUGGUGAAUGGGAGACCAGAAAAGGCUGAGUUCUCAGCAGACUGUCCUGCCCAGGAUGUGAAAGAUCUAUUCCGUUCAGCCGCAGAGGCAGGACCCCAUGACAUUCUGAAGCUGUACAACCCCAAAGGUAGUAUCAUCAACAUCUCCCCAAGACUGGAAGCAAACAGUCCAAACUCCUGCUACAAGCUGGAGGUGGUGGCUGCUGACUGCAACAAUGAGUCCUUAGGUGUGGAGCUUGCUGGUGCACUAGGAUUUGAUUUGUCAUCUAUGGAGAAAAGACUGCAGGGUCUGGAGAAGAAACUCCUCAUCGAGGCCAGUGAGACUCCUGCAGUCGUCUACGAGAUGAAGAAAGAGGUUGAUUCAUUUAGGGAAAAACUGGAGAGCGUGGAGCACCUGAGCUGGCUGGGCCUGUUCAAAGAGCUGUCAGAGGGAACACAAAAACUCUCCCCUUUCUACCACAAGAAAACCCUGCACAAAACCAGAGAGGAGUGCGAGCACGUACGGGAAAAGUUUCUCCAAAUGAGCUCCCUGGAGGUUUCGGAGGAAGUGAAGCAAUAUUUAAAGACCCCAAACUUCGACAACUGGCAGUGGGAGGAUGCAGAAAUCAUGGUGCUCCUGCAAGUCAUGUACACCGACCUGGAUUUCAUAGCAUUGUUCAACAUUGAGCCAGAGAUGCUGCAGCAGUUCCUGUUUGAAGUCUACCAGAAAUACAACAACAUCCCAUUCCACAACUUCAAACACUGCUUCUGUGUCACCCAGAUGAUGUAUGGUUUGAUCUGGUUGACUGACCUAAGGAACAAGAUGGACAGCACUGACCUGCUGAUUAUGCUAACCUCGGCUGUCUGCCAUGAUCUUGACCACACAGGAUACAACAAUGCUUAUCAGGUAAAUGCUCGGACGGAACUUGCUCUUCGCUACAAUGACAUCUCUCCACUGGAGAACCACCACUGUGCUGUUGCGUUUGAGAUCCUGGAGAAGACAGACAGCAACAUCUUCAGAAAUUUGUCCAUGGAACAGUACAAAAGGAUAAGGGAGGGAAUAAUCAAAUGCAUUCUGGCCACAGACAUGACAAGGCACAAUGAGAUCCUCAACAAGUUCAAGUCCAUCUUGCCUACAUUUGACUUUGAAAACAAGGACCACAGAGAUGUGCUGAUGAUGAUUCUGAUCAAAGUGAGUGAUAUAUCCAAUGAGGCGAGGCCGAUGGAGGUGGCUGAGCCCUGGUUGGACUGCCUGCUGCAGGAAUUCUAUAAUCAGAGUGACAUGGAGAAGUUAGAGGGCCUUCCAGUUACCCCCUUCAUGGAUCGAGACAAAAUAACCAAGCCAUCAUCUCAGACAGGAUUCAUCAGAUUUGUCCUUUUACCUCUCUUCAUUGAGCUGGCAAACCUCUUCCCCUGCUUGGAGCAACACAUUAUUGACCCAGUUCGGAAGGCUCUUGACUAUUACACAGAAAUGGAAAAAGCGCUGGAGAAGGAGAAACAGAAUCGAGUUCAGAGUGAGAAUGUAACCAAGAGCAAAGAAACGGCAGAAACAACGGACAGCCGGACUGAGGGAGACGCCUCAACAGCAGACCCACAGUGAACCACACUUAUGAUCCCACAAAACAG